AUGGAGAGGAUUUUUGAGCAGCUGGUUCUGAUUUCUCUUCUGGGUUUCACCUGUGUAACAGCUGGACUCCCUUGCACUCAGAGCUUUCCUUCCCAGCAGUCCCCAUUAACAGCUGACAAAGUCAGACCGUCUGAUAUAUCAGUGCUUUCCUACAUUGGACUUAAUGAACAAAGCACUGAACUGUCCACAGUCUUGUCCAAACUCACAGAACUGAUGACUCUGUUCAGUCCUGGACUGAAGAGUCCCUUCUCAAAUGAAAAAGGCUUUAAAACAUAUGGGUUUACUCAACACAGCGGACUGAUGGACCAAGCAAAGGAAGUGUCCAAAUACUUACUGAGCAAGCAGGAUUCUGAUAAGAAUGGAGACUGGAAGUUGGUGCUUCUCUUUGUUCCGUUGGAUCAACUCUGUGCCUGUGACCAGCAGCAGCAGAUCUCGUCUCAUCUCAAAAGUGUGGUCAAGGAGGUAGAUGGUGCUGUGCAACUGCUGCGCUCUAAGCUGAGAAGGACCAUCGUCAGUGUUGCAUUGUGGGACGGAGGCCUUGAUACUGUUCAAAAAAAGAUGUGCCCAUGCAUGCUCCAAACCAGUGAGGGAGAGCUGAAACUUCAGAGAACCGUACUGACUCACACACUGCAGGAGUCCUUGGGUGAACUGAUGUCACAGAAACAUUGGUACAGGAACGGAGAUGACUUCACUGUCACUCUUCAGGAGACCCCUCUCAUCAAAGGCUUGUCAUCUACUGGAAAGCCUUUGGGAGAGUUUGAGAGCCUGAAGCACACAGAUGAAGUGAUGCUGCAGUUGUGGAGAAACUUGCUGCAGCCCAUGGCCGCCCAACAUGUUUCAGAUGAGAAGAAAUACAUUGAAACAUUGCUUUGCCCCACUGAGGACCGACAGUUUCUGAGGACAGAGGUUAACGCUCCUUCCAGUCGACACAGCAAAGCAGACAAUCCCGUUCAGACGUAUUCGGGCACAGAGAUGCCCUGCGAAGAUCUCAGUCCUUCACCAUCUGUUCCCGAUUCAGUCCAUGAACUACGGCCUGGAGAUAUCAAAGUUGUUGCAGCUGUGGGGGAUUCUUUGACAGCAGGGAAUGGUAUUGCUUCCAGCCCAAACAAUGUCCUGGAUGUCAUACGUCAGUACAGAGGCUUAUCUUGGAGUAUUGGUGGAGAUGAAAACCUCACAACUGUAACAACUUUGCCCAACAUUUUGAGACAUUUCAACCACAACGUGACGGGCUACUCCCUUGGUAUUGGUGAUCAGAACAAUCCAAAAGCUUUCCUUAACCAGGCAGUGCCAGGUGGGAAGAGCAGGGAUAUACCGUCACAAGUGCGUACUCUGGUAUCAAAAAUGAAAAGUGAUCCUAAUGUAAACUUUGAAAAUGACUGGAAAGUGAUUACUAUUUUUAUUGGAGGAAAUGAUGUCUGUGCAUACUGUGAAAACAGCCUUCUGUACUCUGUGGAAAACUAUGUCGGGUUUCUUCAGGAAAGCUUAGACUAUCUCUUUAAGGAGGUCCCCCGAGCUUUUGUUAACCUCGUUGAACCUCUUUAUAUAACCCCGCUUAGAGAGAUGUACACGGACACAUCACUGAAGUGUCCAACAUGGCUUAUGAGUAUGCUGUGCCCUUGUGUUGUUUUGCCAGAAGCCAAUUCUGUAGCUCUAAAGGAGUUGGAGACUAUUAACAGAGGAUAUCAGCAAUCGCUGCAUGGUCUUAUUGAGUCCGGCCGCUAUGAUACACGCACAGACUUCACUGUGGUUAUCCAGCCAUUCCUCAGAGACAUCACUUUACCCAGACUGGAGGAUGGCCGUGCAGAUCGUUCUUUCUUCAGCGCUGACUGCUUCCACCUCAGCCGAAAAGCCCAUACCGUCAUGGCACGCUCUCUUUGGAACAACAUGCUGGAGCCUUUGGGCAGCAAAACAUCCAGCCAGGACUUUAGCUCUAAUUUUGAUCUGAAAUGUCCCGCAAAUGCCUCACCCUUUAUUCGUACCUAUAAGAACAGUGAUUACAUUUAUUCUGAACUCCCUUCAACACCUGAACCUAUUUUGAAUUGGGGAAGUGAUUUUGCCUGCGGCAACUUUGCUCCAUCUGAAAGUCAACCGACUUCAGUUCACAAGCUGAGACCAUCAGAUAUCCAGGUGGUGGCAGCACUGGGAGACUCUUUCACAACAGGAACUGGUGCAAAAUCAAAUGACCUCUUUCAGCUGGAUCAAGAAUUCAAAGGAGUAUCAUGGAGCAUUGGAGGGGAUCAAACUUUAGAGACUGUCACAACACUACCGAAUAUCUUGAAGAAGUUUAACUCAAAUUUAAAGGGUUUCUCCAAAGAUGAAGAACAAGUCCACACAGGCUUCAACAUGGCUGCUGCUGGAGCAAAGAGCUCAGAUCUUCCUGCACAAGUCCAAGCUCUUAUUAAGGCUAUGAAGGAAAAUAAAGAGAUGAAUUAUGAAACUGACUGGAAACUUGUGACUAUUUUCAUCGGAACAGCAGAUAUUUGUAAUUACUGCUUGGAUCAAAAUAAUUUGUCACCAAAAAAAUAUAUCGACAACCUAAUGCUUAGUUUGGACAAGCUGUAUGAAGAGAUGCCAAGAGUUUUGGUCAAUCUGGUAAAUAUCAUGCAGAUGGAUGUAUUUAAAACAGUCAAAAAGGACACAUUGGGCUGUUCACUGCUGCAAAGUUCCAGCUGUCAGUGUAUUAUCGGUCCACAUAGCAGCUCUCCACAGUUUGAGGAAAUUAAACUAAUAAAUCGCAAUUACCAGACUGAGAUUGAGUAUCUUAUUUCUGGAGAUCGCUAUGAUGGAAAGGAAGACUUUGCUGUUGUAUUGCAACCCUUUUUCCACUAUUCCUUCUUCCCUCAAACUGGAACGGGUGAGACAGACACAAGUUUCUUCUCUGUGGACUGUUUCCACAUGAGUGAACGGGCUCAUGCAGAGAUGGCCAUCGCACUGUGGAACAACAUGCUGGAGCCUGUUGGAAGGAAGCAGACAUACAACAACUUCACACACGAUCGCUCCAAGAUUAACUGCCCCUCUGAGACCUCCCCCUUUAUCCGCACUAAAAUCAACAGUCAAGCAUCAAGCCCUGAAAGCACCACCACCACCGUUCAAGUAUGGGUGCCCGCGGUUGCAGGAGUUGCAAGUUUACUGGUUGGCGCCCUCAUCUGCUUCCUCAUUAUGUCCAUCGUUCAACGUAAAAAAAACAAGAGGGGUGGAAACUGAAAUCCUAACUGAGCAGCUGGGUUUUGAAUUUGUGACAUGGGUUUUAAAACUACAUAUUAGUUUCCUAUAAUGACCUUUUCAUUGGUUCCCACGCUCCAUAGCAAGAUUACUGUGAUACUUUUGUUUAGUUUGGUGACGUUCACCACCAGUUGGUCUGUUCCAUCCAGCUGUUCAAUUUCUCUGAAACUUUCGUGACCAACUAAUUUU